UGCAAUUGGUCAAUUUUUUACGGCUUAAGGCUUAAAAAUCUAUUGUAGAUCCGGACUUAAGCGCUUGUAAUCAUCAUUCUGUCUUUAUCGUUCAUUAGACGUAAAAUAAGAAUAGAGUACUGAAAAGCGCUGAAAGCGUCCAAAUCGACCGCAGCCACUAUGUUAUCCCUUCCACCUUCUACCAUGCUCUGGUAACUGGUGUGAUAUAAAACUUGAGAGUAGUUGAAACAUUGAGACAUGUAUGUUGCAGGGCAGUGAAGAUUGACCCGGUAGACGCCAACUUCGAAUAGAAAUUAUGUUUUAUGUGAUAGGAUUAGGUCUCGGUGACGCUAAGGAUGUCACUGUCAAAGGAUUCGAAAUUAUUAGGAAAUGUGACCGCGUCUAUCUGGAGUCUUAUACCUCUGUCUUGACAGUACAGCAGGAAACCUUGGAAGAAUUCUAUGGACGUUCCUUGAUAGCAGCUGAUCGCGAACUAGUGGAGAAUUGUGCAGACGAGAUACUGCCAAAAAGAGAAGAUGAAGAUGUUGCUUUUCUGGUUGUAGGAGAUCCUUUUGGAGCUACUACGCACACAGAUCUGGUUCUACGUGCAAAGGAGAAAAAUAUACAGGUGAAAGUCAUACAUAAUUCGUCAAUACUAACUGCAGUUGGUUGCUGUGGCUUGCAGCUCUAUUCAUAUGGAGAAAUUAUUUCAAUUCCAUACUGGAUGGACACUUGGCAACCGUACAGCUUUUAUGAGAAGAUAGCUUCCAAUAGACAUAGAGGGCUGCAUACACUCUGUCUCUUAGAUAUUAAAGUUAAAGAACCUACCCUAGAAAGUAUCAUGAAGAAAAAAAAGGAGUACAUGCCUCCACAAUUCAUGAGUGUCAAUGAAGCUGCUAGUCAGUUGAUAGCGAUACUUGAUAAUAAGAUUCAAGAUGGCCACAAAGAUUUAGCAUUUACACAGCAGAGCUUGGUGGUGGGCUUAGCACGAGUGGGAUGCGAAGAUCAAUAUAUUGUUGCUUGUUCCUUACAAAAUAUGACACGUGUGAACUUGGGACCGCCACUGCACUGCCUCGUUAUACCAGCUGAAAAGCUCCAUCCCCUUGAACUGGAAUUUCUAACGCAGUACGCUCUCGACAAGGAUCAAUUCAAAGAAAUGACACAACAAUCAUAACCUUUUUUAUCUUAGAAAAGAGUAAAUUCUAUGUACAGAGAGAGAGAGAGAG